CUAUGAUCCUGGCUUUCAGUCAGUGGUGACAGAUAAUAAUGUGACUAGUUUUGGAUCUACCUGGUCAGUCACGGUGGUUCUCGGUAGUUUUGGCACGGGGGGGGUUUGUCUGCUCAGUGAAUACAUUGGAGUAUUCGGCAGAGACCGGCGUCCAUUACAAUGGGCCUCAUUCCAAAGUCAGGUUUGGUGGUCUGGUCUCCUAUUAAUAUGGGAUGUUCUGUUGCCUGUCUCUAGGAUUGGUCCGUUUGGUUUGGAAAGUUUGACUGGUGACUUGUUCUUCCAAUGACAGGACAAUAUUUUAUGUGUGGGUAGACCUGCGUCUGUCGGGUUGCGUGGAAAAAUUCUCUUUUCACAGCUAAAUAUUUGAUGGUCAUAACAUUUCUGUGACCUACUUUACGCGGUAUCUGGUGGAUGAAUAAUGAUGUAACGAGUCUUUAGCAAACAGAUGAGAACUACUGCAGGGAAGAGGAAUGAUUUCCUGUUUGUGAAAAAAAUCUUCUAUAUAUUGUGGUUUAUGUUGUCGGGAGGUUUUCAUCCCUGCAGUGUCUCUAGAAGAAGGUGGUAAUGAGAUGUACUUGUUUUGUUCAGCAGCUUACUUUUCAUUUUAUCCAUGUGUUUAUUAUAUGGGUGUUUAUAUUGUGCACAAGGCGUGUGUUUCCAUACUGGCCAGAGGCAGUUCCGCACACACCCAGCCCUUUGCAAACAAUAGGAAACACUAGCUAGAUGGCUUUGUGGCUGGAUCAACGCGAUGUCUGCUCUGCACAACUCGGCUGAUAACCUUAAGAGGAACUCCGGGCCUAGUGACCAUUUGACAAUGGUGGUCCCUGAAAAUCCUGUCAAUCAGCAUGAUCAUAUGGUAGUGGCCGACGACAGUAUGGAUACGGAAGCUGAAUCAGACUACAACCCUGACCUGAAGGAAGUACGCAAGCUUCAGGAACUGGUCAGAAGGUUGGAAAUUCAGAACCAGCAGCUGAGGGUAAAGAAGACUCCACAGAGCAGCAAUGACAGCGGUGUUGAUAAUCAUCUCUCUACCAUUCACUGUACCGGAGUCAUGAACAGCAUGAACAUCCAGCCUGACAUGGGAGACCUGGAGAUCAUCCCCAACCUUCAUUCUAAACUGGAUCCAAGUCACUUAGAAAAGGAAAACAUCCCUCGUUUAAGGAUGGACUCACAAGUGCAGUAUGACAAGGUGUGUGCCGACUCUAGGCUUGCCAACAAGGGAGGGAAUCACUGUGAUAUGGACGAUAGCUCUAUCUUUAGCCUGGAUGUCAGCAGCAGAACGGAGCAGGAGGACAGCUCUGGCAGUAUGUCUGAACGGGGCUCCAGUGGGGUUUGUGGGGAUCUUCUGGAUGAGACGGCCCUUGAUGAGGUUGAUGUUCUGGCGCUGGACUCGUGCAGCGAAGACGAGGAAGACUGCUGGCUUUAUGUCUCUCCAAUGAAGCAUGCAAUGGCAGAGCAGAAAGCCGAUUCUGCCUUACAAUGGUGUCGGCAGGUGCUGGAUCACCACAGUCCAGAGACGGAGGCUGCUUGUCGGACAUUAAUUGGCAAGCUUGAUCAAGUGAGUAGAUGGAAAAGCCUUUACUGCAGCCCGCUGGCAUCACCAAGUGCAUAUAACGCCAACAAUGAGAGCGGCAGUUGUAGCAAUACAUUAAAUUCACCGGGGUGCCUCAAAUCCACUAACAAAGCACUACUAACCUGUGGCAGCUCAGGUCAUUUGGGGGCCCAAUCUACACUUAGCUCUCAGUCAUCUGUGGACAGUGAACUGAGCACAUCCGAUGAUUCCAUAUCUAUGGGCUACAAGCUUCAGGAUUUGACUGAUGUGCAGGUUAUGGCCAGACUGCAGGAGGAAAGUCUCCGGCAGGACUAUGCCUCCAGUUCGGCAUCGGUUUCCAGGCGCAGUUCCAGCGCCUCCCUCCACUCUCUGAGAAGAGGAACAUUUAGCGAUCAGGAAUUUGACACAUACAGCCUAGAGGAUGAGGAUGACUACGACUGUUCUUUGUCUUUCCGCAGUUCACACCGCUAUUCCCCAUCACCUCUCAGUUCACCUCGAUGCCAAUCGCCCUCCACAGUGGGGGACAGCAGUCGCAGCAGCGCUACCCGCAUUCGACCUCCCCGCAGAUCUAUGCAAAAUCCCGGGCAGGAUCGGAUGAAAUACCCAAGUUGUGAAGAGGACUUGCGGCACAGUAUGCCCAAUCUUGCAAAAACAAGUUUACGUUCUCUGGAGGCAGUGAGAAGCAGCCGGAGCUUGGAGUCAGAUCUUCAGGGGCCCAGCAGCCGAUUGAGCAGGAUUCAGCAGCCCUCAGCUAGUAAUCCACAAAGUAAAAUGAGGUACAGCUCCGGCCAGCCAGCAGCUCUCCGUCAGCCAGUUAAAGCAGGUUUAAGCACAAGUUCACUCCUGAACUCAAAGCAGCCAAUUAAAUCCUCUGGUUACAAUAGUACAAGCAGUCUCCGUAAAAUGCAAUCUUCGCCUGGCUUAAUUCCAGCCGUACCUGGUGCUGUUUCUCGAUCGGGAAACUUUCCACCCACAAUGAAGCACUCGGGUGGAAAAGCUCCGUCCUCUGCAGGGUGCACAACUACCAAAAGCAAGAUGAUGCAACCAUCUAAAAGAGCUAUGUCCUCAAAGUCAAAUACACUGGAUGAAGACUCCUGGAAAGAAGGAUGCUUUUAAUCCGUCCCCCCCCCCCCCCUUAAUAUGUCCAGCGGGCUGGACUUCUGUGUUUCAGAGCAAAGCAUAAAAAAAAAA